CUCCACAGCAUUCUGUACAUAUAGUUGGCAUGUGAAGUCCCCAAUGUCUUCCCAACAAGAAUAGGACUAUGGCUUCACGGUCUAUGGGCCAUCUGAUCUCACUUCCAGGCCGACACCAUCCACCAUGACCUGAUCGAUACCACCCGUACACGGCGAAGUCUUUUGGCUUACCUUUCUUUCCUUGACUUCUGCCUGUUCCCCCGAUGACUCUCACGAGGCCUACGAGAGAUGAUAGCAGCCGAUCCAGUUCGCAGGAACUGUACCACCGAGCCAGCCUGACUCUCGAGCGGACCCGCACACCCUAUCACCUCAAAGCCGAGAGUCUGACCAGGCCGAUCGGACUCUCUACCUUCCUCACCCCUGAUGGAAGCGCCACAUCACCCCUCAGCCGCUCCGAGUCAAGCGAAAGCGGCACGGAGGCGGACGACGAAAAGGGACCUCUUCUGAAAGGUCUCCCGGCGCCUCCACUGCGCAUGAGAAAGGGCCUACGUGGGACCUCGCCUGCUGCUCUGACCCCGGCCGCCAGCCCCCUGCCGACUCCUCCGGCAUUCGUCGAGGCGCGCGAGUUCGAAUACUUCGGCACUCCCCGCAAGACGGCAAGGAAAACACCACAAGCUGGAAAGGUCGUCAAAGAUUUUGAAGCCUACAAGGCUCGGAAGCGGAGAGAGAUUGUGCGAAGAUGUGUCGAGACUUUGCUCCUCGUCGCAAUCGGUGGCGUUAUUUGGACGAAUGUGAAGGACUCCCCUGGGAUAUCAGACUGGAACAGUGAGCUGCUCGGAUACUUGCUCCUUCCUCCGGUGACCUACCUCACCGUACCUCUCCGCCUGACCUUCCGCGCCGUUGCGACAGGGAAGUCAGUCAUUCAAGCAGUUCGUCUGGGAUUUCAUAUCCCUUCUCGGUUUGACCCUGGGCCUUUGUUGUAUCCUGUGGCCAUGCCAGUCCUGAUCGCACUAUCGUUGUUCCAACGAUGUCAUACAUUUCUUCCUGUGGCCAUUGUGUGUGGACUUUCUGCGAUUCCGCCAUCCGUCACUGCAACGCCACGAGUCAGGGGGAUGGGCGAUUAUGUUCACUGGCUCAUAACGAUAUUCCCGAUUCAUGCUUCUCAAUUACGGUUUUCGCAUGAAUACCUCCAGAAACCGGUGUCUUUGAAACUAAGCAGCGAGGGCUUGUUGCAGCAAGAGGACUUGACAUUGUUAUACCCACUGCAUCAAUCGCUUAUGACUAUUCUCGGUUACCUCACGACUUCAAGUCUCGAUAUAUCCGAACUUAGAUUGUUUUCGACCGCUAUGAUUCACCUUCUCCUCUUCGCAAGGACCCCACAGGCAGAGAUUCUGAAAGCCAUGUUAUGGCUCGGAGGACUAUGCAUCUUCAUUACAUGUAGGCGAAUGCUUGCUUGGGAAGUCGCCCUUGCUCGAGUGCCAACCUGGAAACUUCUACGGAGACGUCCUAGACCCGGACUUGUUUCACAAGUCGAUCAAGCCAUCUGUGUUCUGCUGACGCGUGGACACCUGCGCUCCAGGCGGCGUGAGUCAUCCGAGAGUGAUUCUGAACGACCGCCGCUACGGCCCAUUUCCACCAGCAAGUCCAAACUGCGGCUCAACAUCAACGCGAGAGCGUCUACGACUCCAAUUGCUGAGCCGAUGUCUGCAGUGGAGCCUUUGAAGCCGAGAGAAGCAUUUACAAAUGGGCCUGUUCUUCAGAAAACGCCUCGCCGCAACACAUUCACAGUAUUCGAACGGAUAGCUAGCAGCACCCAGUCGUCAGCGGGGAAGAAGAUGAGAGCACCUCUUGCAGGCCAGUCGAAUGUCUUUUUGUUCUUCACUUUGGAGCAGGCUCGAGUGCGCAAGUACGCCUAUGCAGCUGCUGCAUACUUCUGCGUAGCGGCCACAAUACUAGGACCUGUUCGAUUCUUUGUUGGCACCAGAGCCCUAUCUGGCCAUGAACCCUUUGGUUGGGCGAUCGGCUACCUUUUUGGAAAUAUCCCGACUUUCAGAUUCUGGGUGGUCAGCAACAAUCUCGAGAGAUGGAUAAGUCUUCCAGCUCGCGUGUCUGCUGACGUCGCGCCUGUUGCUCCUUUCUCGAUCGAAUACAUUCGUCAAAACACCUUGGGCCCAGCAAAUACUCGCCUUCUGAUCUGCGGGUACUGCGUGGCCGUGUUAUUCAUGGGUAUUUUUGCAGUACUCCGCCUAACUUCUGUGGUCGAAGUCGACACCAGGCGGAAAGUCUUUCAUGGUAUCAUGGUUGCAAUGCUUCUUCCUACUAUUUUUGUCGAUCCAUGCUUUAUCGCUUUAGCGCUGAGUCUGGUGUUGGCUGUAUUUUUAUUAUUGGACCUGUUUCGAGCUUCACAACUACCUCCCAUCUCGAAACCACUUACAACAUUUCUAGCCCCAUAUGUGGACGGGCGUGACUAUCGUGGCCCAGUCAUCGUUUCGCAUAUAUUUCUACUCAUAGGGUGUGCGAUUCCUCUCUGGUUAUCGCUGGCUGCGACACCGCGUACAGGCGAGGACGCCUGGGGAGGAUGGGAUACACCAGUUCGCGAACUGUCUAUGGUUAGUGGCGUUGUUUGCGUUGGAAUGGGCGAUGCUGCAGCAAGUUUGGUUGGCAGGCGUUAUGGGAAGACAAAAUGGUAUUGGUCUGGCGGGAAAAGUCUAGAAGGCAGCCUCGCCUUUGCCGUUGCUGUUGUUUGUGGUCUCGCGAUGGCCUGGACCUGGCUCAGACUGGGAGGCUGGGCACUUUGGCCGAGUGGGCCGUUGUCACUUAUAUUCGCAAAAUUCGUCUUCGCAGGAGUCGGAGCGAGUUUACUAGAGAGCACUCUGACAGCGGCAAACGAUAAUGUGGUAGUACCCAUAGGGUUGUGGCUGUUAGUGAGAGGAUUGAAUAUAUAGACGUAUGGGGGCUGGGACACCGCAUAUACCAUACCAAUUAUUCAGCCUUGUGAC